AUGAGGGCAUCAUCAGCUGCAAAUUCUGUUCGGAUUUUACCUACAAAUAAAGUCUAUCGACAGUUAUUUGAUGCACAAGUACAAUUAAGUGACGCUUAUAAUCGCGUACGAGAUAAUCAACUUUCUGAACCUAUUAAUAUUGUAACACAUCCUGAUGCAACACCAUUGGUACGAAAUAUUAGACCACAUGAAUCUCAAAAACGGCAAUGGAUUUCAAGUUUACCAUACAAUAAUGAUUCUUCUAUUAAUCCAGUAGCAAUAUUUUUUCAAGAUGAACAAAAACGACGUCAAACUGAAGAAGAACAAGAACUUGAGACAAUUAAACAAGAAGUUUUUAAUUUACCUGAUAAUAUGAAUGGACAUGGACAAACUGAAAAUGAUGUAAAUAGUAAAGUAAAUGUUACUGGAAGAUUAGAAGCUAAACGACAAAUUAAAUUCAAACAAUUAUGGGAUGAAUUUUUAGAGAAAAUUGCUGAAUUAAAUCAAAAUUUAUUAAAAGAAUUAGAAGGAAUAACUCGAGAAUGUAAUAUGUAUUAUGAACAAGGAAAUAAAGAUAUUGAUAAAGAAUUACAAACAAUGAUCUAUCAAAAAGAAAUCACGACUUUAUCAUUCCAAUUGUUUGAUGAUGAAUUUCAAUAUCUUGAGAAAUUACUUCCAUCACGUCAUUCAAAAAUUCAAGAAUAUUGUCAAUCAAUUGAAGAACUUGAAAUGGAACGAACUAAUAAAUUUCGUGAUUUAUUUAAACAUUACUCUGAUCGUCUUUAUAGAACACAUCAUUUAUCAGAUGAAGAUACAGCUAGUCAACUGGAAAAACAAGCAAAUAAAUUAAAUUCACAAAUAAUUGAAAAUCGUAAAAUAUAUACUGAACUUGAAGCAAGAUUAUUAUCAGGUGAAACUGAUCGAAUUCAUCACUAUCGAGAAGAACUUGUUGAUUAUCAAAAUAAAUGGAGAGAGAAUAUGUGGAUUAUUCUCAAACAAACUUGGAUUGCAAGAUUAUCUAAAUGUAAAGUAAGAUUAGAUGCAGCCAUACAAACCACUUGUGAACCAAUUGGCUCAAAUAUAGCUGAAAAAACACGUCGCCUUAUCGAACAUAUUAAUAAAUUAAAUACAUUUAUUCCACCUAAAUCAACAAAAGAAAAUGCUCAAAAAUGGCAUAAACAAGGUUAUGAUAUUAUGGAUGGUAUUAUUAAUGAACGAAAAAUACUUAUUAAUCAAAUAAUACAGAUAAUAAAAAAUGAAAUUAAUUAUUUAGAAGAAGAAUGGAAAAUAAUAGGAGACAAAGUAAUUCAAACUCAAGUCUAUAACAAUGAACAAAUUGAAAUGGUAUAUGAACGAGAUAUUGAACCAUUGUUAGAAGAACGAAAACAAUUUUUACAAGAAUCUGUCAUCGAUCAAGCUAAAAUUGUAUAUGAACAAUUAACAAAUUCUAUGUAUAACAUUCUCGAUCAGCUAUUAGCUUUUAUUCAACCAGCAUCUUGUCAAUGGGAUAAUCAUCAAAGUCAACUUGAACGUGUCACCGAACAGUUAGCUGAUUUAAUGAGUGAAUCUCGUCGACCACAUGAUCUUCAAAAUGAAAAAAAAUUAACUAAACUUGAUUCAACUUUGGAUGAAAUGCGUAGUGCAUCAAAUGAAUCAAUAUUAAAUCGUCUUUUAAAAUCUGCUUAUGAUCAACUUGAUACAAUUCAAGCAAAUUUUACACAAUUUUAUAAAAUGGAACAUGAAAUUGUAAAUAAAUAUUCUGAUAUGGUAACAGAAGAAGUUAAUAGAUAUAAAAAUGAAAUGCUGGAUUAUUUUCAUGCUAAAGAAAUUAAUACAAACGAUGAUGAAAGUCUUUCAUUACCAGAUACAAAUCCUCAACUAUAUACAACAUCAAUAGCACGAACAACAUAUAAAAUUGAAGAAAUAAAUAAUAAUAAUGAAUCUCAUUUAACAGAAAAUAUAAAUGCUCAUAAUGAAGAACAUGGUAAUAAUAUAUCUAAUGAUCAACCACAAGUACAAACAUUUCUUACUGAAGAUUCAUCAUUAACAGAUAUAAUACCAUGUACUAAAUCAUUUCAAAUGCCAUCAAAUCUUGUUCAAUCAAUAAUGUUUAAUUUAUGUCGAGCAUUUCUUGAUUAUUAUGAUCAAUGGAAAGAAGAAACAAUACGAAGAGCUGAUGCAGUUAUUUUUACAAAACAUGAUGAACUUGAUAAAGAAAUGGAUUUUCAAAUGCAUUUACAUGAACCAAGACGAAUACGUAUUGAAAAUGAUGUUCAUCAUGUUAGAGCAGUUCACAAUGCAUUUGGAGAUGACGAAUUAAGUGAUAUAGGUGGUGUUGGUACUGGAUCAGUGGAUGAAAUUGAUCCAGUACCAGCGCCAUUAACUAAAACUAAAAAUGAACUUUCAACACAUGAUGAACGAAUCGAACGUCAUAUUCGUGGUGUAGAUGAAACAUUAGAACAAACUGAUACCAAUUAUCGUUUAAUGUUAAAUGAUUUUUCAAAAUCUAUAAAUACAUAUAAAGAUGAUAUACAUACUCUUGAACAACUCUUUGUAAAUGCAACAACAACAACUCGUCUUGUAGCAUUACAAGAACGUUUAGCAAAAAAGCGUGAUACAUUUAUGGAAAAUGUUCGAAUAUCUUUACGUAAUUUUCGCCAACAAUUUGAUGAAGCUAUGCAAUGUUUACGUCAUGCAAAUGCUAGUUUUCGUGAAUCAUUUAUAAUAUUUUCUGAAGGUGGAAAUUAUAGUCGAGAAGAAAUUGAAGUUUAUCGACGAAAACUUGAAAAAACUGCUGGUCAAAUAGAUAAAGCUGAAACUGCUAUAUUAAAAGAAAUGGAAAAAUUAGAAAAAAAACAAUUAGAAGAAGCAACAAAAAUAAUUAGUCUAUUUCAAGAACGUUUUAAAAAUCAUAUGACAGAUUUACAAUUUAUUGAACUUGCAAAUCGUUGGAUUAGUGAUACACAAGUUAAAAUUAAAGCUGAAGUUGGUGCAAAUAAUCAGCAAGCACAAACAUUAAAAAAACUUAUUCAAUCAUAUCAAAACCAAAUAGAUUCAUUUUUAAAUCCUAAUAUUGAUAAACAAAAAACAACAUUAAAUGAAAUUCGUGAUAUUUUUCAACAAAUAUUAUUAAUGAAUUAUGAGCGAGCUCUAUAUUUAAAAUGUUUAAAUAAUGAAUUAAUUAUACCAGCUUCAAUUGUUUCAAUUCUUAAAAAUAAAGGAUUAAUUACAGAAGAAAAAUUAGCAAAUGAUUUACAUAGUGGUACAAAUACAGACGAAAUGAAUACAUCACGAAGACCAUCAAAAAUCAAUAUAGCUGCUCGAAAUAGUGUUGAUGAAGUUAAAUCAGUUAAAUUUGCUGCACCAACACGAACAACUUUAUCUCGAAAUAAAUCAGUUACAAAUACUGGAACUGGUUUAACUAAUGGACACCCAGAAGAAAUGAAUACAAUUUCAACUAUACGAACUCUUCUUCAUAAAAGUGAACAUCAAGAAUCUGAUGAAAUUGUUGAAGCAGAUAUGUCGAAUACUUUAGCGUCAAAUUCACGUUCAUUAGCCUCUCGUUCAUCAUCACGAUCAUCACAAGUAAAAUUUUCGAAUGCAAAAUUCAAGAACAAGAAAAGACCAUCAGUUGAUGGAUCAGUUGCAUCAUCAACUACUAGACGUAAUCCACAAGGUCGAGCAAAAACACGUGAUGAAAUCUAUGCACUUUAUUGUAUUUUUGGUGAAAAGAAACAUUCUGAUCAAGAUUUUAUAUCGAGAAUAUUGAAUGUUCUACGUGAAUCAAAUGAAGGUUUACUUACUCAUGCUGAAUUAUACUAUCGAGAAAAAGGUUCACGUCCUGUUACUCGUCCUCAAGCAUUACGUGAAAAAUUUGAUGAUUAUGCUAAUACAAUGAUUGAAAAGUUAAAAAGUUAUGAAGAACAAUGUCGUUCGUAUUAUGAACAUUCUAUUAAUGAAUUUCGUGAUAUGCUUGAAUUAUUUGAACGUACAUCAUCAUUAUUAGCAAAAGCUGAACUUAAUGAACGAACUCAACAAGCCGAGAAAGUUUUAAAUGAACUUAAACAACAAUUUGAUACAAUACUCAAUGGAAAAUUUGAUGACAGUACUACAGAAAAAUCAAAAAACUAUGAUCAACUUCGUCCGACACUUGGUCAUCCAGCACGCAAAAAUGAUUUACUUGAAAUUGAUAAUCGAGAAAAAAUACGUCAAAAUGAACUUCAACAACUUGUUACUGAACUUCGUUUAACAACAAUUAAAAGUAUUAAAACAGAUGCACAAACAACAGUUCAAGCUUUAGCAACAAAUGCUGAACAUUUAUUAAUUCUUUUUGAUGAUAUUUUAACAGCUGAUGAAAUUAUAAAAACAAAAAUACCUGAAGUAAAACAACCUCUUUCGGAAUUAGUACGACGUCAACAAUCAGGACGACCUUUGGAAAAUAGAGAUCCAAAACCUAUACUUGAACGAAAACAAGGGCAUUGGCCAGGUUUACCGUUACUUGAUGAACAGAUACUUCGUCCAGCAAUAACAACAAAGAAACGUUCAACAGCUGCAAGUCAACGACAAAAAACAUCAGCUUCUGUUGUUACACAAAAGACAACAUUACCUCAAAUGGAAACAGUAGCACAACGUAAUCAAGCUUAUCAACAUUAUAAAAAAGUAUAUAUUCAAACAUUAUCCGAUAUUGAAAAUCGUUGCUCAACAAUAUUAACUGAUCUUGAUCGAUAUCGAUCACAUUGGAAGGAAUCAAUUGAAAAAUUACAACAAUUAAGAACAUGUUAA